AUGGUAAGUCGGUCAAUUAUGCUCUAUUUAGCCUUACGAUUCGCCCUAAUCUUGAAUCUGCUCUGCCGAACUGUUGGCUGUUGGACAAUUCAUACCCAGUCUCCCCCAUCCACAUCCUCUACCACUUUUUGGCAAAGCCAACUAUCGAGUAAUUUUCACCGAUCCCGUCUCACUAACGCGAUCAAACAGGCUUCCCAAGCACCUCGUUCUGGGCCAUUCGGCUCCUACCGAUCCCCAUUUGCGCCUAAAUACACCGUCCCAACCAAGAUUGCUGGACUCACUACUACCCAGGUCAUGAGAUUGAUGCCAAUGGCAACUACCAUGGGUGCCGCAACCGGCAUCUUCGCCAUCUUCUUCCUUGGAGAUGUCCCACGUAUCCGAGAAGAUAUUCUCAUGAACAUUCCUAUCAUUGGAAGCUACUGGGAUAGAUUGAUUGCUCCCGAGGACAACCCUUUCUAA